UGAAAUAUCGAAAUAUCAACUCUGUGUGAGAAGAUGUCGAGCCCAUGAUCUUAGGCACGUCCCGGAUAUCAUGAUGAUUUCAGUCUCAACGGUACAAUUUGGCAAUUCCAUUGCCAUAAACUCUUGUGCCUUUCCAGCAACUCGUCGUUCCGUUCGUAUCAGAACGCGAGCUUUUCUCAGGCAGUUGCAUUCGAACUCGAACGACCUUGCUCGGAAAUCAGCUGUUCUGCACGACAGUCUCCGGGUACUGGAAUGGGACAAGGUCUGCGAUUCCGUCGCAUCGUUCGCCGGCACUUCCUUGGGUCGUGAAGCAACAAAGGCACAACUAUGGUCACUGAAUCAAAGUUACGAAGAUAGCAGGGCACUUUUGGCCGAAACCAAUGCCGCUGUCGAAAUGCUCAAGUAUGGGGGUUUUGUCAUGGACUUAAGUGGCAUCGAUGUCGUUACGGUGAAAUCUGCUGUCCAGCAUGUUUCGAGGGGUUUGCCAGUCUAUGGGAAUGAAGCAACUGCUAUUGCUGAUCUUCUCCAAUUUGCCAAGAUGGUGCAGUUUAAUCUGAAUUGUGCACUCAAGGAAGAUACAGAUUGGUACAACCGCUUCAUGCCUCUAUCAGAAGUGAUAAUUGGAUGGGUCAUAAAUCAACAGCUGGUGAUGUCAAUACAGCAAGUCAUAGAUGAAAAUGGCUCUGUCAAAGAUUCUGCGAGCUCAAACCUUAAGCGUGCACGUGAUCGGAUGCGGAUGCUUGAGAGGAAGCUAUAUCAGUUAAUGGACAGCUUAAUUCGGAAUGAAUCAGAUGGGACAUCUCUGGAAGUGAGUAAUAUUGAUGGAAGAUGGUGUAUCAAAGCGGGGGCUGAUGAGCUUACAAAUCUUAAGGGGCUACUGUUGUCCAGUGGUUCAGGUGUAGGGAGCUUGGUCGAGCCACUGUCUGCUGUUCUAUUAAAUGAUGAGUUGCAACAAGCAAGGGCAUUAGCGGAAAAGGCUGAGGAGGAAGUCCUUUUGAUGUUAACAGAAAAGAUGAAAACAGACCUUGGUGAUAUUCAUAAUUUGUUGAAAAGUAUAAUUCAAUUGGAUGUGGUCAAUGCUCGAGCAAAGUAUGGUCUUUCACUUGGAGGCACUUGCCCUGAUUUAUUUUUAACCAAGGACGAAAAUUGGUCUUUCAAUUCUGAAGGCACUCUGAGUGAGUGGACUGUAUAUUUGCUGAAAGCUUAUCAUCCUCUAUUACUUCAGGAAUAUCGACAAAUGUUGCGGAAGGCUAGAAGAGAUGUUAAUGAUGCUAGUGCUGUUAGCAAAAUCGAAGCAGCACAUCCUGUUCCAGUUGAUUUUCUUAUUGCUAAUAAAACUAGAAUUGCAGUCAUUACUGGCCCCAACACAGGAGGCAAAACUAUCUGCUUAAAGACAGUUGGAUUAGCUGCUAUGAUGGCAAAAUCAGGCCUUUAUGUUUUAGCUUCUGAACCUGUUCGCAUCCCAUGGUUUGACUUCAUUUUUGCUGAUAUUGGUGAUGAACAGUCCUUGUCCCAAUGUUUAUCUACCUUCUCUGGACACUUAAAGCAGAUUAGUGCAAUUCAGACACAGUCAACAAAUAACUCGUUGGUACUAUUAGACGAAGUUGGUGCUGGGACUAACCCACUGGAAGGAGCUGCACUGGGAAUUUCACUUCUGGAAUCUUUUGCAGAUUCUGGUGCUUUGUUGACAGUAGCCACAACUCAUCAUGGUGAACUCAAAACUCUCAAAUACAGUAAUGAAGCCUUUGAGAAUGCGAGUGUGGAAUUUGAUGAAGUCAAUCUAAAGCCAACUUAUAAGAUACUCUGGGGCGUACCAGGGCGUUCAAAUGCAGUCAAUGUUGCUGAGAGAUUAGGACUACCAAGAGCAGUUCUAGAUAGUGCUCGUGAACUGUAUGGAACUGCUAUUGAAGAGAUCAAUGGGGUCAUUAUUGAUAUGGAGAGGCAUAAAAAAGAUUUUGAAGAGCAUAUUCAUGAAGCUCAACAUUAUCUGAUUCUUUCAAGAAAACUUAAUGAGGAUCUACUGGUGGCUCAAAGGAAGGUCAUGGAACAUGGCAUUUCUCAGAGACACCGGAAGAUGCAAGAAACUUCAGAGGCUGCUACAAUCGCAUGCUCUAUCCUUCAUAAGAAAUUGCUACAGCAUCGCACAUUUGCAGUUCAGCAUUACAAGAAGGCUACAGUAAUUAACAGUCAACAAACACCGGUCGCCAAAUCUCAUCAUGCAAAAGCUGAUGAUGGUCAACAUCCUAGAGCUGAUGCUGCUGCUGGUGCAGACUCUGUUGAAUACAAGCAGUCUCUAUCAGAAUGUGUUGCCAACAAGAAGAUUGAACUUCCAAAGGUUGGUGCAGUGGUGCAUGUUCCUUCCUUAUGCAAGAAUGCAAUGGUGUUAAAAGUCGAGCCAUCUAAAGAAGAGAUUAUAGUUCAAGCCAAUAAUAUGAAAUUGAAAUUGAGAUUAAGUGAUAUUGAAACUUGACAGGUGAUGUAUACAUUUAUGCAAACAUUGUCAGGUACCCAAUAGGCUAAGAGUCUAAGACAUACUUUGUUUCUGUAUAUACAUGUAU